ACGAUUUGUUUAGUUAGAGGUCAGAAAAUGUCCUUGUUUGUCACUGAAACAUAUUUGCUUCUGCAGUGUGUUGCUAAUAUAAACAUUGAGCCUUUUUUUCACUGUAUCUCAGAAUAACAUUAACAUUUUGUAGUGAUUUUUCAGCAUGGUAAUUAUGUGAUUGUGCUAAGCCUGCUGAAGAGAGUAAGUCGUUUUGGGGGCAGGACUCAGAAGUUAAUGAUGAAGUGUCCAGCAGUGUCAGCGCCUCCUAACAGAGAAUACAUCCAGUGUGAUGGUGUUCAAGGUUACCAGAGAGAUCCCGGUGGAUAACAGGAAUAAUGUGCCAAUAUCUUGUCUGGUCUCUGGCCUUGAGAGGGAGUCUGGUGGUGGCUUUGGAGGAUUCCAGUCUUAUUCAAGUAAAUGUUGAAAUGCACAAACCAAACACAACAGUUCAGGGGAGAAGAAACAUCAUCUUGAGUCCUGUGCAGGUUUUCAAAUCUGAAGGACAUUUCUUACCUCUCAAACUGGUCAGUGGGCAUUACGCCUACAGCAUGGAGGCGACCUGUCCAAACGUGAACAAUUUGUCGUCUGAAGACAUGGUGCUGCAUGUCUAUAAACGGCGUAUGGGCUUGACCAGAAGAGGUGGAUAUCAAAAUGAGACCCUGUCAGUAAGCUCUGUGAUUGUGGAACAGACUGACACAUUCAACUGGUCAGAGACAACUGACUUUGUGCAUCUUAUCAUUCCCACAUUCAACAGAAAAAUGAGUGCAUUGAUCAGGCAGGUGAAAAACUUCAACAAAAUUUCUACAAGAUAGAUGCUAUUCUCACCUUUAAAGAGACAACUCAGACGAUGCACUGGACCAUGGAAAACACCUCACCUUGUUCAGAGAUGUUACAAUCACACCUCUAUUUAACGCAUGAUGACCCACAAGAAGCUAAUGUGGCAACACUUUCAUCCGAGGGGAUUACAGACAAGCCAGAAGUUCCUGGUGAUUCCAACAAAGAGUUUUCUCCUGUGCAACCAGAGAUGUCUACAGCAUCACAGACAGCAGAUGAAGAAACCAGUAUAACCUCAGUACAAAUCCAGCAACUCCAAACAUCUGAUGCUCUUAGUACAUCAUCAACGGAGAUAGUGACAAUAUAUUCAUCUGUGCAUUAUUGACUGUGAGGGGCUGCAAUGCAGAACGGUGCAGGUACCAACUGCACACGUGUCAGUGAUUUUCCAAACAACACUAUUACUAUUGGAAGUCCAUUAAUCACAACAGUUGUAAUCACAGUUUGAAAUACAGCUACACAUUUAAGCACCAUUUUCACUCAGACUGGGAUUUACAACACAACAGUCAAGUGGACCCAUGCAUCUUCUCUGCUGACAAGCAAAGUGGCGUUGGAAUCACAUGUGGGGAAUGAUUACAUCUAAGACUGCGUUGGUCGUGCCAUUUAAAUACAAGCUACUGUCUCAGAACUCCCUCAGCUGUGUCUGUCACGUCCCAGGAAUAAAUGUGGUGUCUAGAAUUAAAAAAAUUGGAGUUAAUUCAUCCCUGUCACUUCCCUGAAUGACAGAAAGGGCCUGGCAGUUUAGCAACUGGGGCAAAAUUCUUAGCUCUCUACUUUAUUUCCUUACGCAUAUUGUAAUAUUAUAGUGCCUUUUAGUACAAUUUCUUUAAUAAUUUGUAGUGUCUGAUUAUUUCGAUUUAUUCAGAGCGGUAAAGAUUGUUUAUUUACUACACAGCUCUCUCCUAACAGAGAUACUCUAUUCUAAUUGGUCAAUCACAACAUUCAUAUCACUGCAUAUCCGUUCGGUUGGUUAAUAAUAAUUCUAAAUACAAAAAAAAGUACAGUAUUGAUUACUGUAUGCUGCCGUACAUAAAACAAAUUGGACAUUUUGUAAUUUGCUUGAUAUACUUUUAAUAAAUAAUAAUAAUAAAAAAUAAAAGAUUGAACAUAAUUAAAUCAUUCUUUUAAUUAGUUAAAUAUUUAGACAUUUAACAAUUACAUACUGGCAUUUUUUCAUGUCUCUUGUAUCACACAGCGGACUCACUCACUUGUUUCUUACAAAUGCAACUGGCUCUAUCUUCUGUCUAAAUUAUUGAUACUAGUAAAAAUGACUGAUGAAUGACAGUAAUAUUUCUGUAAUAUUGUUGCAGUGUUCAGUUUGUAGAUAUAUAGGUAUUUUAAAUAGUGCAGGUUUCUUUGUGAGAAAAUAAAACAAAUGACAGAUAAUCUUAUGACUGAUAUGUGAUCUGGAUUAAUACACAAAGUGUUUAUUUACUAAAAACCCAUGCUGUGUUUGUGUUCUGGAUGGCCAUAAUGUGAACCAGAGAUGCUUUCUUGCUAAAUCCUUCCAUGUGGCAUCACUCUACAACACGAGGGAAUUUUUUUAAUUUAUUUAUUUUUUUUUAUUCAGGGAUGUGAACAGUAAUUGUAGCUGUAAUUAUUACGUGUACAUCUUGUUCCCUUUAGUUAUAGGUACAGUAGAUGCGGACUAGCUCUCAGUGGCAGUAUGAGGAAUAGCCAGAAGAGGUCAGUGUUGUUCAAUGUUUGGCUUUUGCAGAAGAUUCCAGGUCACUCCAAGGCAGUGAGAAACGUGUCUAAAACUUAGCAUUUUGAGGUCAGUAUCAUUUGUUCAAAACGCAUAUAUAUGUGUGUGUAUGUGUGUUUUAUGCAUAUGCAUGACUGACACUUUAUGUGCUUAAUUUUUUUUUUUUUUAUAUAUUGUUAAGACAUAAAUAACUCGACAUUGAUGUACAUUCUUAGAUUUAGUGGGAAAACAACCUCAGAUGUGAGGUUAGUUAAUUUGCCUUUACUAUGCAAUUUCCCAUGCUUGAAUGAAUUCAAUUAGACUUUUGAAAGGGCAGGUCAUUUUAAUGUAACAUAGUCAAGAUAUUCUUCUAAAUUCUAAACAUGUGGAAGAAAGACCACUGACACUCAUAAAAUUUAUUGUGAUUACAGCCUCGAUAUUUGAGCAAACUAAAGAACACCCUUUGUCAUCCUCAUCUUGUUAAUGUCUAACAGUAUGUGUUCUAUAUUAAAUGACAAAACAAGA